AAUAUUACUUUUAAAUUAUCAAUACAACGCUUAAAAGGGUAAAGAUGCUUUCAAAAAUGAAAGAAAGAUUAUCUGUCAUAGGAAAAAUCAGUAGCAAAGAGGUGACCUCUACCGCUGAAAAACCGAAAGUAAGGUGUAUUAUGAAUAUAAAAUGCAUUUUUGACUAUUAAUUUAUAUGUGUCUGAAGUUAAUAUAUAAUGCAUGAUGUGCUAAGACGCAAAACGGUAUUCCAAAGGCCCUGUGUUCAAGUCAAGGUCAGGCUACACAUUUUUGUCACCCUGUGGCAUUUGACGUCUAACAUCCGGCCGUGAUUGUAUGCUCAAAGUUUCGUUCACUUUGAACAGUAACAAUUUCUGGUGUAAACCAUAGAAACAUACAUUAUUUAGCAAAGUGCAUAAAUACAGUGCCGAAAUACAUAAAUAGUCAAUAGAAAGAUACAUGAUAAUGAAACAUAAUGAUUAAUUACAAUUAAUUGUUAGGACAUGAACAAAGGCCUAAAAUGUCGAAAGAAAAAAAAACAAUGUCUGGUGUAAACCGAGGAAAUAUGUUUAUCAAAGUACAUAAACACAGCGCUGAAAUUUUUUGUGUAAACAAUGGAAAUAUAUAAAUCUAAGUGCGCAUACUUGAGAUGGUCUGGGAAGUCUGUAAUUACUGAGGUAUGCACGUAUUGUCUAAAUAAAAUAUAUAAGUUAAUGGAUGAUGAAAUGGGAAUGGUACAGGAGAUGGAUUGUUUAUCGAACUGUAGAGAAAUAUGACUGCUACGUAAAUGUUACGGCUUGACAGGUGUUACCUGCAAACCAAAUCGAUUAUUUAUUAUUAACAGACAUAAAAGAUAUGGAGUCGAUGAGAAAUACAAAGCAGUGCAUUGGGACAAUAUAUUCAUAUUUGACAGGGAUUUAUUAAAUUGUUUACGCAGUCGACGGUACAUUACAUCAAAUAAAUCGAGAUUCAUAAAUGCAUUCAUAUAUAUUUCGAGUGAUGUACUAAAUGUGGCCUUAUAUGGCCUUUCGUUGUCUGUUAUACUGUGAAAAGAACGUGCCUGCCAUCUGGUAUUAAAAUACUCGAAGUGUUUACUUAAUUUACUUCUGUAAUUAUCAUGUAGUACCGGUUUUAUUAUAGCUACUGUAUAAAUAUGCAUGUACACAUAUAUUAAAUAUUGAGAUUUGUUUAUAUAUGCAAGUGACAAGACUUCUGGUUAUGUAUUUGGCAGAUUAAACAUGGCAGAACCGAAAGAACCUCAAGAUAAAAGGAAAUUCUAUCAGCGUUGGUUCGGUUCAAAACCAGAUUCGAGUCAGAAUUCAGAGGAAGAAACAAUGGAACAAAUAGAUAUAGCUCAGUACAAAUAUACUAUAAGCAAAAAAGGAAUGCAUGGUGUAAAAAAUCAAAUAAGUGAGGACUUAAAAAGAUGGCAACAUAUUCCGCUACAUACAGCAGUCACGGGGAAUGCCGGUUCUGGGAAAUCAUCUUUCAUUAAUUCUUUAAGAGGCCUGAAAGCUAGACAACCAGGCGCCGCUAAAGUUGGUGUCAAUGAAACCACGCAAGAAUGCACACAAUACGAGCAUCCAGAUAACAAGAGCUUUUUGGUUUGGGAUCUCCCUGGCGUUGGAACACCCAAAUUCAAGAAGAAAAACUAUUUAGAAAAUGUUGAAUAUAAGAAAUAUGACUUUUUCAUCAUAAUCAGCAAGGGCAGAUUUACAGAAAAUGACAUGUGGCUUGCGACGGAGGUACAAAGUUGCAAAAAAAAAUUUGUUUUUGUUCGAACAAAUAUCGAUGCUGAUAUCGCAAACGAUGAAAAGGAUAAUUCAGAAGAUCAUGAUGAAGAUAAGCUUCUUCUAUCAAUAAAACAAACAACAGAACGGUGCCUUGAAGAAAGUGGAAUACAAAAACCAAAGGUGUUUCUUAUCGACAACUUCAGUCCGAGUAAAUAUGACUUCGGAAAACU